AUGGCAGGCCGCGAGCUACCAUACGACCCCUACAUUCCCUCGGGCGGUUCAGGUCAAGGUGGAAGCGCGGGAUAUGAGGGCGGCAACACACGGACUGCUGCGAUUCAAUCGCAAAUUGACGACACUGUCAAUGUCAUGAAAAAGAACCUCGAAUCCGUAGCCCAGCGCGGCGAGCACAUCGACCAGCUCCAAGAUAAAUCCGAGAACCUUAACCAAUCCGCCCAAGGCUUCCGUCGCGGCGCCAACCGAGUUCGCAAGCAGAUGUGGUGGAAGAACAUGAAGAUGAGGAUCUGGAUCAUCGUGGGCAUAAUUGUGCUGUUGUUGAUCAUCAUUAUUCCGAGUGCCCAGAUGUCCUCAACCCAGUCAAGUGAUGCAGCUUCCCGCGCCGUGAUGGAGAACGGCUACCAUGUCCUUCGGCGUACUUACGCAGUGGAAACGGACAACACGAGCCCAGAACCCCCCUUCACGAUACCGUGCCUUGGGCUCAUCCAAACCGAUGAUCUAGAACGUUUCCCUAAUUCUGGUGACCGUUUGGAGAUUAAGGGCCACCACCUAUUAGAUACAGGACCCUAUAUCGACCCUGUCACUGGAAAGUCUGAUGUUCUUGUCGUGAAAUUCUCCCGCAAGGCUGGCAAACCCAACGCAAUGUGGCACCAAGACAUUGAGAAACGUACGAAAGGCUAG